AAAUUUCUUCAUUGGUAGAAAAAAAUUGGAAGAAAAAAUGUCAGUUUUUUCUUCUUCUUCUUCUUCUUCUUCAUCACUUCAUUUCUUCACUCAAAAGCCUAAAUUCUCAGUAGUAGAGCACAUUUCUACCAGUAUUAACAAUACCCAUUUCAAUUUCAAGAUUAAUAACUCCAUAAACCCCAUAAAAUCGAAACCCCAUUUCCCCAUUUCUUCUCUUUUAGCUUCUUUCAGUCGAAUUUCAACUCAUUUUUCUACUUCUGCUGUGUCUGAUGGAGCUGGGGUUGUUGGAUUAGAUGAGGAAGCUGAAUUGUCAGCUGAAGAGGAAAUUGAAGAAGAUGAAGAGAAUGAGGGAGGUGAGAGUUUGGAGAAAGAAGAAGAUGGGGUUGUUGAUGAGCCUAAAUCGAUUGAAGAUGGUAGAUUGUAUGUGGGUAAUUUGCCAUUUUCAAUGACACCUUCUCAAUUGUCUGAAAUUUUUGCUGAAGCUGGUAAAGUUGCUAAUGUUGAGAUCGUUUAUGAUAGAGUUACAGAUAGAAGUCGUGGAUUUGCAUUUGUUACAAUGGGAAGUGUUGAAGAUGCAAAGGAGGCAGUUCGGUUGUUUGAUGGAUCUCAAGUUGGAGGUCGUACGGUCAAGGUAAACUUCCCCGAGGUUCCAAGAGGAGGUGAAAGGCAAGUAAUGAGUGCAAAGAUAAGAAGCACCUAUCAAGGUUUUGUAGACAGCCCUCACAAACUAUACGUUGCGAAUCUUAGCUGGAACCUCACGUCUCAAGGUCUGAAAGAUGCUUUUGCUGACCAGCCAGGAUUCUUAAGUGCAAAAGUCAUCUAUGACAGGGCCUCGGGAAGAUCUCGAGGUUUUGGUUUCAUUACAUUUUCUUCUGCUGAAGCAAUGAACAAUGCACUCGAUACCAUGAAUGAAGUGGAUCUUGAAGGACGGCCAUUACGACUAAAUAUAGCUGGGCAGAGAGAUCCAGUAUCUUCUCCACCAGUAGUCAAAACAAGUGAGUCCGAGAACAGUGUAAUACUCUAGUUUCGGCUCAUAAGAUCAUCGAGAUUCAUAGUGGCAUCGGCAAUUUGGAGAUAUGUAGAGUUUUAUAUUCGGCGGAGACCUUCUUUUUCCAGCUUAUGUAACUUUGAUACAGGUAAGCUGUGCUACUACAUUGCCUGUACAUUAUCUUAACUGCAUAGUAAACAUAUAUUAUGGUUGUAAUAUAACUCAUCACUAGAAUCAAUAGAGAUAACUCUUUAUAAAAUGCUCAUAUAUUCUACUA